ACUUUUCAUAUAUAGAACAGUACGCUAAUAAUUAUAUUAUUGCGUGCUAACAUUUCAAAAGAAACUACGAAAAUGAAAACGCAAUUAUUUUUGUUUUUUCUAUUAUUUCUUAUAGACUUUUCUGUGGCCUUAAAUUCAAAAUACAAAAAUUAUAUUAAUUAUAAAUAUUACGAUAUUAAAUCCGAUGAAAAUACUUUGGAAAAUUUGGUAAAAGUGCUUAAAGAGAAAGAUAACACCCUUAUUUAUGCAAACGAGAAAACAUCAGCUCAACUGAUAGUAGCACCAGAAUUAGAAUCAGUUUUUCUAGAACUUACUAGAAAAGCUAAAAUCAAUACAACUCUUCUCUACAACGAUAUAUCAGAAGUUAUUCGUUCUGAGAAACCAGUAGACAUAAGAAAAAACAGAAAAGGAUUUUCGUGGGAUGCUUAUUAUGAUGUAGAUGACAUAUAUAAUUAUUUAUCUAACGUCAGUGAAACCUACCCGCAAUGGACAGAGAUAAUAGUGGGUGGUAAGAGUUACGAAGGACGUCAGAUAAAAGGCAUUCGUAUCAACACCCCUACUGAAGAUGGCGUGGAAAAACCGGUGUUUUUCAUCGAAGCAGGUAUACACGCUCGGGAAUGGAUCGCACCCGCCACGACGACGUACUUCAUCAAUCAAUUGCUCACGAGCUCGAACGGUAAUAUAACAAGAUUGAGGGAUCAGUUCGACUGGAGAAUCUUCCCUACUGUUAAUCCUGAUGGAUACCAUUACAGUUAUGUAUUUGACCGAUAUUGGAGAAAAACUCGUUCUAUAUCGCACAACGGCUGUAUAGGGGCUGACCCAAAUAGGAACUGGGAUUAUAAUUGGGGACAACAUUCAGCUUCGACCAACCCAUGUGAUUACCAACUCUACGCUGGCUCUCGUCCGUUUUCCGAGAUUGAAACAAGAACGUUAUCGUCCUACAUAUCUGGAAUAGAUAAUCUAUUGUUUUACGUAGGCUUUCAUUCCUACGCAUCCCUAUUGUUGAUUCCUUAUUCUGAUUCUACUGUGCACGUUCACAAUUACGAUGACCUAGUUGCAGUAGGUAAGACUUCAUUGGAUUACGGAGAAAAUAGAGAAAGGUACAAGGGACCAGCAACUGCUGCGGAAGCUCUAUACAAAGCUUCAGGUGGAAGUAUGGACUGGGUACGUUAUACCUUCAAUACGCCAUUUGUGUACACAUAUGAGCUGCGAGGAUCGUCAUUCCACUGGCCGGCGAAGAAGAUUCCAGAACAGGGAGAUGAAGUUACUCAGAUGAUACUCGGUCUUGCAGAUGGCGCCAAAAACCUGGGAUAUUAUUAAAAAAUACUUAAACACUGCUAAGUUCUACCUAAGGUUGCCUGGAAGACCAUCUCUUAUAUGCUUCACUUGUAAACAUUUUUACUAUGUACUUGUAACAUUAUUUUGGUGUGCAAUAAAGAGUACUUGAUGUUGUU